AAGUUUAUCCCUUUUAAUUAUACCGCCUGAAAACCCAACCCCCAAUUCCCCAAUCCUAUGCUCGCCGGCGAUAGGAUUGAAGUUUCCUGAUUCACAAAUUUCCCUAGCCUUUUAAUUCCUCUGCCAAUCCGACUCGAAUUCCUCCGGCGGCGGGCAUCGUGAAUCCGAACCCGAGGAGGUCGAUGCGGACGCCUCUAUUUAAUCGCCACCGCAGCCGCAAGGCCAUCUCUACUGGUUGCUUGAUCCCCCCAGCAAUAGGAGGUAGAUCUACCAUGGCCAGGAUGAGCUUGAGACCGAGAGGCCGGCGGCCGCGGGAGGCCUGCGGCGACGACCGCCUCAGCGCACUCCCCGACGACCUGCUCCUCCUCGUCCUCCGCCGCCUCGACACCCGCGCGGCGCUCGCCACCGGCAUGCUCUCCAGGCGCUGGACGAAUCUGCCCCACGAGCUCGACGCCCUCGAUUUCAGGGUCAGCGACAUACUCCCGCCGCGCUACCACCGGUGCAUCCUCCGCCACCGCGGCGUGAUGAACUGGAUAGCGUACCGGCACGCCAUCCCCAAUAGCCUGAUGCCCGCCAUCCGGAGGCACGAGCGGCGAGCCGCGCGCGCCUUGGUCCGCUCCGUCGAGAGCUUCAUCGACGCCGACGACGGCCGACCUAGCCGGCGGAAGGUCAGUAGGCUGAGGCUCGAGUUCUUCGGCACGCACAACACCGCUGGCAUCAACCGGUUGAUCUCCAAGGCCAUAGACGAUUGGGGCGUCGAGGAGCUCGAGGCCGUCGGGAAGCCAAUGUACUGGCGCCAACCUCCCACCCACGAAUUCCCUAGCCAUGGCCUCUGCAAGGAUCCCCGCGCGUCACGCCUGCGAACCCUCACGCUCGGCGGCUGCGUGCUCCCGCCGCUGCACGAGUACGGCGGCGUCACCAAGCUCGUCUUGCACGGCAUGGCGGCCUCGACGCCGGCGGAAGCCUACGAGGGCGUCUUCACCUCGUGCCCGCAGCUGCAAGUGCUGCACCUCGAAUCAUGCUUCCUCGACCGGAGGAAGUCCUUGGUGGUGGACGCUCCCAUAUCGGAGAUCAGGGAGCUCGUCGUCGAUGCCUGCGAUAUCAUUUCGGUGAAGCUGCGGUCUCUUCCGAGACUCCAGAACCUAGCCUCCAUGGGCACCCAGGUGCUGUUCGACCGCCGCACCUCCUCCUCCUCCUUCCCCUGCCUCCGGCAAUGGCACCUCGCCUGCCUCUACGGCUUGGCCCGCAAGUUCAGCCGUUGGCUCGAACCCGACCUGACGCUCGACAGAUUCUUCCACUACACCCUGGACAUCACCGACCUGAUCGUCCGGUUCACCGGACCGGAGAGAUGGAUCGUGCCGUCGUCUUGCUCGCCGUCGCCGCCGUUGCUGCGCAGCUUGAGGCGGCUGCUGGUCGCCGACGUGCCUUCCUCCUGGGACGCGUCGUGGCCUCGCAUCCUCCUCGACGCGGCGCCUUCGCUCAAGACCCUUCACAUUCACAUCGCCCCGCGCGACGCGAAGAAGCCCACCGGCGGCGAGUUCUCAUGGCAUCAUCCCACCGUUCCUCUGCACAACUAUCGCUUGGAGGAGUUCGCCAUGGCUGGCUUUGGAGGGACAGUGAGUCAGGUAUACUUUGUGAAGCUCGUCGUCGGAGCGUGCACCGCGCUGCGCCAUGUCUCCAUUUUCAAGGGAGGGGAUCUGAAGUACAAGGGAAAUUGGGACUGGGAGAUGCCGAGGUUGCAGGAGAAUUCGUGGAAUGACAAGGAGAAAGAAACCAUGGAGAAGCAGAUCAUGGAUGCGGUCUCUUGCUCAACGGAUCAUCUCCAAAUAGUUCUAGGUUGAUUCACCCAUGUAGUAGUUAUAAUCAGCAUUAGCCAUUAGGCCAACCGAUGGCAGCAAUAAUUUAUCAUGUUCACUUAAUUUUAUUUAGAGUAAGUGGCCCGGUGAAAAAUUUAAUUUGUAAUCUCUUUUACUCGAAUAAUGUAUUUGCUGAACCUCGUGUUCAGCAGUGUGUGAAGUGUGAACUCGGUUCUUAUUUGUUUUCUGUAAUGUGUAAUAAUUUGAAAUUUGUCUUACUAAUUGCUGAACAACUAUAUCUAUAUGUGCAUUCCUGGCUGCAUUUCUUUUGUAACGGAGGGUAUACAUGUGUGUGAGUGAACAGUAUUUUUUUUGUGAGAACUUUACGUUUGUGGUGAUAUCAUGCUAACUGAAGAGCUCAGGUUGCUCUGCAAAAUUUGUUUCAGCUCUUCAGUAUUUGUUGAAGUUGGACUGUUGGAGCAAGUAAGCAAGGUUGGAUAGAAAGAAGUGAUCAUAUAUGAGUAAUUUUACAGUGUUGAGGAUGUACCAUAAGAUACCAAAUAAGUGUCACUGCUAUUCGUCUAUUUGUAUGCAUAAUGUCAACGAGCAAAAUUAAAACCAUAAUGUUUUCCAGCUUCUUUCCCAAUUUCUUCUCCUCCUCCUCUCUUUCUCUCCUUCCCCUUCUACUAGCUGGCCAUCUCCAUUGCCUCGAUGCUAGAGCUGCCCUAUGCGCAAGAUGACCACCAUCAGGGAGCCACCGCCGUCGGAGUCGUACGGACUGACCUACUGCCACUGACACCGGCGCGGCGGCGUGGCCGCAGGGGUGAGGAGGAUGGGGGAGAAGGUUUCGGCGAACGAGGGAAGGAUAGGCAGGGGGACGACAUGGCGGCAGCACGCAACAACACGCGACGAGGGUCAACUCGAAGAUACAGACCUCGUAGGCAGAGAGAAGAGGGGAGGAUGGAGCAAGAAGAUAGAACUGACACUAUGUUUAGGUGUAUUUUGAUCUAUACGAUAAUGAAAAGCAUGACAAUGAUGGUAUGGUUUUAAUUUUGUGCAAAUUCGAAGAGCAUGGAUACCAACAGAUAAAUUGUAAUAGCAUUUAUCUGAAUCAACGUAUUUGCAAUGACAUGGAUCCAAUUAACCCA